GAACCACGUUAUUCUGAGAACUGUUAGUAUGGAGAAUCUACUUUGUCCAGGCACUAAUAGGCAAUUUAUAGAUAUUUUCUGAUUCCUCACAGUAGCCUUAGGAGGUCGGUAUUGUCAUUAUCCCAUUUUUUACAAGAGGGAGCAGAAACGCAGAGAGGUUAAACUCAGUACCUCGUAGCCGUUGAGUGGCCUAGCCAUAAUUAACAUGUGAGUGUGCUUGACUACAAUUCCGUGUGCUUUCUCUUGCCCACCUCAUUCUCUCCUUUAGAAAUAAGGGCAUGUUUCCAUAUGCUGGAUGCCUAUUAUACAUUUAUGCCUCUUCUGCUGAGGUCAGUUCCAUUCAGCAUUUUUCUCUUAAGCUUCUACUUCGCAAAAGGCAAAUGCUAGCGGUCCUAAAGGAUGCAAAUAUUACUAACAAACUUCUGCCUUCCUCAUAAAACUAGUAAGGCAGAGGUCCCCGAGAGGAUCCGGAUCGUGAACUGGGUCGGGAGUUCAGCACGCAGUGUGGUUCUGGAGUGGGUUUUGAAAAAAGACCAAGGCCUAGGGCAGGGGAGCCUAUUUAUCCAAUGAGUAGGGUCAUGAGCUUAUACUUAGAUCCUCACGUUAGUCAAGUGUUUGGCUCAUAGUAAUUGCUCAGCCAGAUUUUGCUGCUCAGCUGAUCAUUCUCAUAUUCCCCUUGAUGCUUUCACUGAAAUACCCCAUGGGCUUAUCCCAAACACACACUGCUGCCUCAGGGAGAUGGCAGCACUUGUCCCCAAGGACCUCUGCGCCCUGAGUAAAAGGCAUGGCUACCACCAAGUACUAGCUAUGGGAUGAGGACGGCGGCUUGCAUGUAAGAGGCAUCCCGGCCGGUCUCUAUAUCCAAGGAACUCUCCAGUUCAUAUUGCGGGAGUCUCAUGAAGUCUAGUUCCUUUCGCACUUGCUCUCCCAAUGUGAGGUCUAGGGGUCCCCAGGAGUAGAAGAUGGUAGGAAGAAACUAGAGGACAUUGAGAGGUGGGAUGGAAGAAAUGCACCCUACAUUUGUAUAAUUAUAGGUUAGGCAAUUAAGGUAACAGAGAUCAUGGUGUAAGUUUGCAAGUUCACAUCCAAGGCAGGAGUACUGUUGCUGGACUGUCAAGUGGGGUCCCCAAAUCUCUUGGAUUUCCCAGGACUUGUCUAGCAUAAAAUAGAUUUUGUGAUCACAGGGCAGUGCAUGUCCCCACUCUCAUAGGAGAACAGGCAUUUCCAUUCUAUGUCACUUCUUCCCUGUGGCUCUUGGUUUCUCAAGAUCCACCCAGCCCUCCUCACAUUUUCUGAUUCUGAGAAUAAGUUUUUCUUUAGGAAUUCACAGAUUUUCUCUACUAUCUGGCAGAAUAUUUUAUGGCAGUGGAGGCCAUUGGAAAAUUAAGUGGAAAUAUGGGUGGAGGAAAAAUACCCAGUGUAACUCUUUUUAAAUGUUCUUUCCCCACCCCUCCCCCAGAGUAAGUCAAGGAAUAUGUACAAUGUAGAUGUUUGUGCCUUUGGAAGUGGAAUCUUUACAGCAGAGCCAAACCUGAGGUUUCCAGAUUGACUCUUAGAAUCUGGCAUACUUACUUUUUUGUUUUUUUAAUUGGCCUAGCAAAAGUUUGCUUCUUACAGUUACAAACCAAACCAGGAAGUGAGCCUUUGCUUUUGUUGGGGAAGUUUCCUCAUAGAGAGUUCAUCUGUAUCCUUAGAUGCUAUCUCUUGUAAAAAUUCAAGGUGGGGACCUCAGAUAUAUUAUGGGACGUGAGAACCAACACAUGCAACUGAAGACACUUAACAUCUUGAAUUUAAAGAGAACGUAAUUAUGACUCAGAAGUAUUGGACUACAGGGAGAAAAGAUGGCUGAAGUUAGAAGAGUCGCUUGCUUGUUCUCUGCCUGGAUGAGUCAUUGAUUUAAUCUUACUGUCCCUCAGUUCCCUCCUCUAUCAAGAACAGGUCAUACCAGAUAAUCUCUAGGCUCUUUCUGCAUCUGAAAUGUCUGUGGUCAACGUGAUGGUGACCUGGGCUGUCGAGUGAAAGAAGAACUGAAGAAAGUGGUGGCCUGAAUUUUAUUUUGAAAUCGGCAGUGAAGUGAUUGUGUGAAGUAAUUGACUGCGCUGCAAUGACCACAGCAAGGUACCGGCCGACAUGGGACCUGGCCCUCGACCCACUGGUGUCUUGCAAACUCUGUCUCGGGGAGUAUCCAGUGGAGCAGAUGACAACAAUAGCCCAGUGCCAAUGCAUCUUCUGUACUCUGUGCCUGAAACAGUAUGUUGAGCUCUUGAUCAAAGAAGGACUAGAAACUGCAAUUAGCUGUCCUGAUGCUGCCUGCCCUAAACAGGGCCAUCUACAGGAGAAUGAGAUUGAGUGCAUGGUUGCAGCUGAAAUUAUGCAAAGAUAUAAAAAGCUACAGUUUGAAAGAGCUACACAUCCAGAAGGAUGUGGUUUCCAUAAAGAUGAGAUCCCAUGGGGCAGCUCUCCUCUGUCCAAUAGAGUCACUAUGAGUUGGAAUCUACUCGACGAGGUGCUCCUGGAUCCCUGUCGGACUUGGUGCCCUGCUUCCUCCUGCCAGGCUGUGUGCCAGCUCCAGGAGAUGGGGCUGCAGACCCCUCAGCUGGUGCAGUGCAAAGCUUGUGACAUGGAAUUCUGCUCCGCCUGUAAAGCCAGCUGGCACCCCGGCAAGGGCUGCCAAGACAGCAUGCCAGUCACCUUCCUUCCAGGGGAAACCAGUUCUGCUUUCAAAAUGGAAGAGGAUGAUGCUCCAAUCAAACGCUGCCCCAAGUGCAAAGUCUACAUUGAACGUGAUGAAGGCUGUGCCCAAAUGAUGUGUAAAAACUGCAAACACGCCUUCUGCUGGUACUGCCUUGAGUCCCUUGACGAUGAUUUCCUUUUGAUACAUUACGAUAAAGGCCCCUGCCGGAACAAGCUGGGCCACUCCAGGGCUUCUGUCAUCUGGCAUCGGACACAGGUCGUGGGCAUUUUUGCUGGAUUUGGGCUUCUACUCUUGGUUGCCUCGCCUUUCCUGCUCCUGGCCACUCCAUUUGUACUUUGCUGCAAAUGCAAAUGCAGUAAAGGGGAUGACGACCCACUACCCACCUAGAGGAAGGCAAGAUGCUGGAACAAGACCCCUGCCUCCGGGAAGCACGGCUCUCCCCCACCCCACCCCACUGUUCCCCUCUCACUAAAUAUCUUUCUUGCCUUAUGUGCCCCAUUGAGCUUCACAGUGUCACGCCGGAUGCCGUGAUUUCAGGGACAGACCUCAGAACGUUUGCCAAGGUCCCAGUUGCCGUCCACUGGGCAUGUGGAAGGCAAGGCAGGUGUGGGGAGGACAAAAGCAGUGUCUGCAGAUCUGACAAGGGAGGUGCUGUGAGAAAAACGCUGGGCAGUUUUCUCCCUGUGGUAAUAGACUAGAAAUGUCUAGUAGUAGCCUAAGAGACCUUCUCGUACAAAACAUGGUCCCGUCUCCCUAUUGGCUUCAAGAUGGUGUCAUGUUGUUGAGAGAAGCAGUCUUUUAAGGAUUGCAACUGACUUCAGCCAGAAUGCGAUUAUUCCGACUUGAGAAAAGCACUCUGUUUAUGACAACUGUUUUUAUUACUAAUGGCAUUUAGUAAAAUCUUUCUAGAAGGCUUUUUCUUUUUUUUCCAACUGAGUAGUGAGAACCAACAAGGUGCAUAUAAACCAUCCUAUGCCUUUCUUGAAAUUUGCAUUUUAAAAAGUUAUAGCUAAAUGACUUUUCUGGCUUGGACACUUUCCAAGAGAUUUAGAAAGACUUAUGUGCUUUUUUUUUUUUUCUUGAAACUUGUUGUAAUGACUUUUUGAAAGUUGUAAGCUGUGCAUUGUUAUAAACGUGAUUCCUGUAUAGCUGCCUAUCUUUGAAAAUACUGACAUGUUUAAAGGAAAAUCUCCGUUGUUAGCCUGGGUUUGCCUUUUGUUUUUUUCUCUCUUUGGGGAUUGGACUAAGCUUGUAGAGUUCAUAACUUCUCACCCAGGUACCAGCAACUUUUUUUUUUUUAUUAACAUCUUAAAAUCAGGUGUUUUACUUUGAAACAGUUCUGUCAUGGUCGACAGUGAGAAGAUCAUAGUAUUGUUGGUUCUCGGAGAGUGGGGACUGGAGGCCUCUUGGUGGCUUGUGGGGGACUUCUAGAUUUUCACUUUCUUUUCUUUAAAUGAUUUAAUUAUUUUGCAGAAAUCAUAUGUCUUACAUAGUUUCAAGCCCUGUUGCUACGAACUUCCCCCUCCUGCUGAAAAAGCCUUCCAUUUCAUGUAAUUAUUUUCAUUCGGGGAUUUUACAUGUGGUCUUUUGUAGGGCUGUAUGUGGCUGUUACCAUGACAUCAAAAUGCGCUAGUCAAUAAGAAAACACAAAUUACUCCAUCAGUUGACUUUGAAACGUGGCAAAAGUGUAUUCUUUAAAAAGAGUUGACUUCCAAAUGGCUUUUGAAGACACAUGUGCUUUUAAAGAGAUGAAGAUAAGACUCCUAAAAAUAAUGGAAAGGCAAAUGUUUUAAAUUCAUUAUAGUGGGAUUUUUUUAAAAAGUUAAGAGUUCCACAGAUGAGUAAAACAAAAACAAAACCUGACUUUUAUCAUGGUUAUUUGCUCAUUGCAAACACAUUUCAAAAAAAAAAAUUGGUUGUUUUUGUUUGUUUGGUUUCUGCCCUUGUAUAACCACUUCAGGUUCUAGCAGCCACCCCCCACCCCCCGCCCCAUAGAAAUGUCUUCUUUUUUGUUGUUGUGUCUUAAAAAUUUAAUAAGUUAGAACAGGAUCACCUCACUCUCUCCUGUAGUAUGAAUUUUCUUUUAUGAAACUGAAGCCGUUUAGAAUACUAGUGUGUGUCAAAUUGAUGACGUUCUCUUCAAAAAAUUCUCCUUAGAGUUGCAUUUUAAAAAUUCAUUAACUAAAAAAGAACAUGCCUGAAACCAUCUUUUCUGGAGGAAGGCUGGGUAGUGAGUCUCUGUAGAUAGAAAUGUUAUGAUAGGGUCUAAUGGUAGAAUGGCUUUUCUGGAGUGGAUGCCAACUCCAUGAGUCUUGAAGAUGAAGUUAGUGGCUGGUGAAACCUAGGCCAGAGACCUUAGCCUGUGACUUCUCUUUAAAAUGCCCUUCAAGAUGGCAGCCUGUGGCCCUGUUUCCAGUGGUGCACAGGGCAGCUUUUACCACUUCCCAGUCCAUACUGCCUAUAAUUACUUCUGCCCAUUGCAAAAUCCAUAGUAUGCCUCUCCUUUGGGGUGGGAAUCAGAGCCCCUGGAAAGUUGUGUUCCUUGGCCUAGAGCUUAAAUUCCUUUAUUCCUAGAGGGAUAGGCGGGCUUUCGAGAUUAGAAGAACCUCUGGCUCCAUCAUGUACCUCCCUAGAACCCCAGGCAUCCUCGUGCCUGCACCUCCAGUGUGUUUCACAAGCACUUGGUUUGACCUGGGUACGGACCACAGAGGCUUCGAGGAGUCCUUCUUGGUAACCAAAAUAGCACCUACUUGCUCACCGUUUUUGCAUUAAACAUGUCUCAGUUUGCUCAGUUUGACUUAAUAAUAAGCUAAAAUUGUCCAUUCCCUAGAGAGUUACGAGCAAGAUUACACUGACCUACUUACAUAAACUUGCAUUUCCUCCAUCAGACUCCUUUUCUUUUAGAAAGGGACGCUACACCCAUUUUUCACGGUGAUACAAUAUCAACCAUGUGCAAUGUAAAUAGAACAUGGGAAGAUGGUCUUAGAUUUGAAUUCUGACCUUGCUGUCAUUCCAAGUAAAACAUGGAGAGUUGUGCGUUAAGUAGAUGGACUUGUUCCUGCCAUUCAAAAUAGUUUGUCUUAAUUGAAAAAUGACUUUCACUUUCACAGGUGGUUUUCACGUUGAUAAUCCGGAAGCACAGGCAUGUUUAUGAAGGUCUUUAUCCUGGAGAGUAGAGGGAGAAGACCCUUAGCCAUUGGCCACGGCUUACAAUAGUGCAGGGGUGAGCCAUGGAGGGCAUGGUUGAUCUGUAAGUUAUUCGAGUCCCUUUGGCAACAGGCCACAUCGUGUGCUUUUACAGGAUUUGACGGGUCUCUCGAUUUGGCUCUGUCACGCACUCCGUGUAGCCCAGCCAGCCAAGCUUUGCAGUCCUCAAACGAGGCCACAGCCUUCAGAGACGGAGUCGACGUAGAGGUUUACACGCCAGAGACUGAGUUAAGACUGAGCGUAAAUGAAACCUUUGCUUGAAUUGCUGUCCAAACCAGUUCUUCUUCCUCAACUCCCAGGGGUAACGGCAGACUGAAGAACCAGCAUCUGCCACUUCAGGCUUCUUUUAAAAAAGUGAAACCAAUUCUCUUUACAGCCUAUUAUUCCAUAAAACUGAUUUAGGACCCAGGCCAAUUCCUGAUUAGAACACAGAGCUCCUGGGGAAAGAGAUUAUCAGAUAUAUAAAAAAUUACUUAAAGAGGAAUUGAUCUUUUUCAUUUAUAUUACAAAAAUUAAAUGUUAUUUAACAAAUUAGAAAAGAAAAAUUUUCCCUUGGUAAUCUUUAAAAAUUAAGAGAUUAGAAAGAACCACGGUGGGCUUUUUGUGUAUUUCCCAGAUUCAUACAUAUAUAUAUGCAUACAUAUAUACAUACACACACACACACCUGUUGCCAUUGAGUUGAUUCCGACUCAUACUGACCCUAUAGGACAGAGUAGAACUACCCCAUAGGGUUCCUUCCAAGGCUGUAAUCUUUACAGAAGCAGACUGGCAUGUCUUUCUCCCGAGGAGCAGCUGGUAGGUUCUAGCUGCCUACCUUGCAGUUAGCAGCCGAGUGCUUAACCACUCUGCCACCAGGGCUCCUUGUAUAUACAUAUAUAUAUAUAUGAAAUCAUCAAGGGAAAACAUUUUGCAUGUAUAAACCUUCCCCAAGAUCUCCAAAAACAUACCAAAGCUUGUUUCUUAUUAUCCACCCAAGUCCUUAUGAAAAUAAAUGAAGAGAUUAUGACUCGUAUGGCCAAAAAUGCAGUGUGGAACAGAGAGGCCUGCAUUAAAAUAGAAUUACAAAGGCGUUAGGACUAGAGCAUGCUGUUUUGGUACUGAACACCCCCUGGUCUCCCUGACGUUUUGAUUUCUGUAAUCCUGUCUGCCCUGAGUCCAGGAGCCUUUAGUUAGGAGUAGGUACGUGUGACAUGCCUGAAGCUUUCUUUUGUACUUUGCUCACUUUACCAUGGGUGUAUUUUUAUCUUGUAUAAAGUAUGCACGAAUGAGUCAUCCACCUGUACAAAAAAUGUAUUUGACAAGUGGUGGUCAAAACAAAACAAAUUGGGUGUAUGUUUUUGAAAUGUCAGUACAUUUUGUGCCACUAACACUGUGAUGUAAAAAGGAGCUGUUUGAAUGCCUUUUAAUGUCGUGUUUUGUACUUUGGAAUCAUAUGGAAAAGUUUAGUUUGUAAUUCUGAGACAUAUUUUAAAUGUACUGUGUCUUAGGUAGUUUGUCUACCCUUUAGAGGGAUUUCUUUUUAAAGAUAUUUUGGCUGCAAUACAGGUUACUUUUGUAAA